UGAUACAUUUUCUGGUUCUCAAUCUUUCCCCUUCUUUUUGUACACUUUUACAGUUUUACUAGCUAAUGUUUCCAUUACAGGUCGAACAUAACCACUUGAGUUCACCGGAAAAUGACGUCAUAACCGGUCGAUCUACGGUCUUUAAAAACGUUUCUGUUGAGGAUUUCCUUCUUUAGUUUAUUAGGAGAAAGAGAAGGAGAAGAAUAAUGAUAAACUACGAAUGGACGGAUUCGUCUCCGAUGUUACUCUCCGUCGACGAUUCCACUCAAGUUUCCGACCAAACUCGUCAGAUUUUCGACCAUUACAACCAAACCAUCGCCGAGAACUAUCUCUCUCCUCCCUCUUCCUUUUCUUUCCAGCAACAGCAGAACCAAGCUCAUGUCCAGACUCUAUACGACUCGAGAGCUUUCUCCCUCUCUUACUCGCAACCUCUGUCACCGGAACUUGUCACCGGAGGCACCAACAACUGCAUGGUUUUACCGAAGAACGAGAACUGCGGGUCUGGUUCGAUGAGUUUAGAUUAUCCGCCGAGAAUCGGGUUGAACUUGGGCGGUCGAACCUACUUUUCGUCUUCCGAUGACGAUAUCGUGAAUCGGUUUUACCGCCAAUCCAGACCCAUCGAAUCUGCACCGUCUAAUUCUCCGAAAUGUCAGGCCGAGGGCUGCAACGCCGAUUUGACACUCGCGAAACAUUAUCAUCGGCGUCACAAGGUCUGCGAGUUUCAUUCCAAAGCCUCCACUGUGUUAGCCGGCGGCAUGACUCAGCGAUUCUGCCAGCAGUGUAGCAGGUUUCACCUUCUAUCGGAGUUCGAUCAAGGAAAGAGAAGUUGCAGGAAACGGUUGGCCGAUCACAAUCGUAGGAGGAGGAAAUCACAACCCCAACAACCACAAACUCAACUACACCAACAAUCUCAUCAGGAGAGCAGUCAGAGUUCUCCCUCUGAAACUCUUGCAAGGUCAUCUCCAGAAACGUCGAUUGUGCAUUCAUCGGCGGUGACAGUUGCAGUCUCGUCGGCAUCUCUGUUUUCUCAGGUGGGGAACUUUCGACCCUACGAGCGUAACCAGAGCAUGGGCUGGGACGAAGAGGAAGAAGCUUGUGGACGGAAGAGGGGAUUGGAAUUUAAGAACUGAGGAGAGAUGGAGGUAUGCAUUACCCGUCUU